GCGCGGCGCGCAUGCGCCCUGGUGCGGAAGAGCGAGACGGCGGACUGAGGGGAGGGGGCGGGUGUCGCCGUCGCUUGCUUUGCCGCCGCCGCCGCCGCUUCUGUCAGUUCCGGCUGCUGGGUCGGCUUCGUGAGGAGGAGGCGCCGCUGUUGCCGCUGCCGCCGCCGCCGCCUGAGGAGAACUCGGCCUUCCCGCGACGGCACCAGGGGCUCCCGGCGGUCCUCCCCUCCCCCAGUCUCGCCGGCCAUGGCCCGGGACUACGACCACCUCUUCAAGCUCCUCAUCAUCGGCGACAGCGGUGAGGCAGGGUGGGGGAGGGGGAGAGGAGGGGGCGGGGCGGGGCGGGGAGAGGUAGGGUAGGAAGUUCGGCCCGGCCCGCGCGGAGGGAGGGGAGCGGAAGAGCCUCGAAGGAAGGAAAAGCGGGGAGGAGGAUAUGUGAGGCGGAAGAGCCGGGGGGGGCAGCAUCAGCCUUGGGGAGAGUGGGGAAGUCAGGGAGGGGGAGAGGGGGUUUAUCUAUUGCAUUGCAUUUUGUAUACCGCCUUUUUUCUCCAAGGAACUCAAGGUGGCGUGCGUAACUUCUCCCCACUUUAUCCUCACAACAACCCCCUGAGGUAGGCUAGCCUGAGAGGGAGCGUGCCUGGCCCAAGGUCAUCCAGUGAGCUUCAUGGUGGCCGAGUAGGGAUUUGAUCCCCAAGGGGUGGGGGAAGUGAGAAGAAUAAUAUCUGUUUACCCCUUCCCCCUGUUCAUUUUCUGUUUAUUAAUGUAUGUAUCUGUACCCUGGAGCUUUUAAGAGUCUUGUUUGUAAGGUGCAGGGAGGGGGAGGGAACCCAUGUUUCUUUGAGGAAGCAGGGUGACUCUAGAGCUAGUGUUUCCUAGUGGUUAGAGCACUCUGAAUGCUGUUGGACUACAGCUCCCAUCAACCCCAUCCAGCAAGGCCAGUGAUCAGCAAGGGUGGGAGAUGUAAAACAUCUGGAGAACCAAAGUUUCCCAUCCCUGGGACAGAACACAGUAUAAGUAACAAUGAGCUAGUAUAGUAGGAAUACAGUAGUUGGCCACGAUUGAUAGGAGUUGUAGUUCAACAACAUCUGGAGGGUGCCAGGUUGGCUACGGCUGGGCUAGGACCUGAGGUGGUCAGGUUUCAAAUCCCCUGUUCAGUCAGGGUGAGACUCAAUCAGUGACCUUGGGUCAGUCACUGUACCUCUCAGCCUGACCUACCUUGCAAGGUUGUUGUAAGGAUAAACUGCUGGGGGGUGGGAAGGUACAAACUCCAACUUGAGUUCCUUGGAUGAAAAGUUGGAUAUAAAUGUUGGUAAUUAAUUAAUAAAGAAAAUGGAAUGGGAAGAGCUAGCCUGUGGAAGAUUGGAGGGGGCAUGUCAGAGAAAUGAAUGUAUAUUUCUACUGCAAAACAAUAUUCUAUUUAUGUAUGUGUGUAUUUCUUGGAGCUCUUGUUUGGAAUGUCAAGGAGAGGUAGCAGAGUAUUUCCUUGUAAAGCAGUGGUAUAUUAUUAUUAUUAUUAUUAUUAUUAUGCUUAUUCUGUUCCUCCUUUAUGUUGUUUGUUUCUAAGCAAAGGGCAGGUAAUCACAAUACAAAAAUACAGUACAGUAUUAGAAUCAGUUAAAACAGUUGCCUCCUUCUUGGGCUGUUCUAACUCCUCAGCCCCUCUCUGUGGGCUCUGCUGCCUAGUAAACAGAGGUCUGAAGGACAAUGCUAGGGAAGCCCAAGGAUGAGGGCAGGCAAUGCUACUCAAAUAAUCUUGGCACCCUAGAGGGAACCAUACUAUUUCUUUUCCUGAUACCAGACUUGAUUAUUUUUAUGAGAAACUUUUGUAAGUUGCUUUGAGAGCUGCUCAGGCCCAUAAAGCAGAAUAUAAGUAUUGUAAAUAAAUAAACGUUACAUUUUUAUAUCCCACCUUUUCCCCCAAGGAGGUCACUGUGGCAUGCAUAUUUAUCUCUUGUCUGCUGUAUUCUCACAGCAAUCUUGUGAGGUAGCUUAGACAAAGUGACCUGCCCUAUGUCACUUAGUGGGUGAAUGAAGACUUGGAGCUCUGAUAUCUCUUGUAUUUGACUGUCUAAUCCCAAUGUGGCAUCCUCCAGAUGUUUUGGACUACAACUCCCAUCAGCCCAAGACAGCAUAUCCAAUGGUAGAGGAUGAUAGGAGUUGUAGACCAAAACAUUUGAAGGGCACAUUGUUGACUAUCCCUGGACCACUACACCACACAGACUCUGGUUACCUCGUGCAUGGUCUUGUUGUAAUACUUGUAACAGUUUUGAAAGGUAAGUCAGUGGUAUCUCCAAGUUGCAAGUCUGAAAGAGAGGAAACAGCUUGCCUUAGGUUACCUAGUGUGUUUGUGGUAGAGGAUACAUUCUGAACCAAGAGCUUCCUGAUUUGUAAAUGAGGUUUCAGUCCUAUGAUUACUUUCCUCUGAGAAAGACCCUUCAAAAACAGUGGGGCAUGUAUGAGUAAACUGCUGGGCUACAACUCUCUUAGACGCUAUGCCAUGCCAGCUGUCUGCAUGUUGUCGAACAUCUCAUGGGUGAAAACAAGGAUACUUGAACACAGGUGUAGUUCAAGACAGGUUUUCACUGGGUUCAUCCCCACUUGCCACUGGUGAGAAGUCUACUGCAUAGCUUGCGCCAGUUGUGCUCUUAACCCUCAGCAUACUUUCAAGGCUUGUGGUGAGAAUAAAAUAGGCGCAGGGGAGACUGUUAUUUAUUAUGCCCUGAGCUUCUUGGAGAGAGAGGGUAGAUUUGAAUGUGAGGAAUAAUAAUGAAUGAAAGACUGUAAAGUAUUUUGCAGAUUUUAAAAAAAGUAUCUUAUAGAUGUUAUAAGAGGAGACCGAGUAACUGGAAAUAAGAAGUAAAUUUUAAAUAUGCUUCCUCCUAAUCUCCAUGGCCACCAAACAUUUACCCAAAGGUUAGAAUCGCCUACGCGUUGUCAUUUCUAUUCAUGGAGCACCAUUCAUAUACAUGACACCUUAGAGUGUGGUUUGCAAAAAGGAUAGGUCUCUGUCCCAGCUAGAUUGCAUUUUAAAUGCUGAAAUGGUGGAGAGUUUGGAGGACAAGCACAGGUGACAAGGUCCAAGUACUGGCAGCGAUGUUACAUGUAAUUUGGCUUAAUAUCGAUUGUUUCCUGCCCUUCCUCCCAAAGAGCUUAGAGUAGUGGCCUCACAAUAAUUGAGCUGAGCAGGUUAGAUGGAAAGGGAAUUAUUUCCUCUGUGAGUUUCAAAACUGAAUGUGGAUUUGAGCACCGGCUUCCCAAGCAAGCAACCCUUCAACCACAACUAGUUUAAAAACCAGGAAGGUGUUGCCCUUCCUCUGAACUAUUUUCAGUUUGGUGGUCCUUCAGAGAAAGGACAUUCUAUAAAAAUGGAACAGCCUAUGAGAAUUCUCUCUCUAAUGAUUGCACAACAUACAGUUUGCAUUGUGAAUGUGAGGUACCUGGUUGAUGGGAUGGGGAAGGAAGCAACUGUGAAAUGUAGGUGUUUAGAUUUGUAGGCCAUCCUAUGAGAGCUUAGAGACCUCCGGUGUUGGUUAAUUAAAAGCAAUUCUCUGUUCCCAGAGCUAACAUUUGUAAGAGCUGUUUUACAUUUCCCCGUUCCUUUUGUGUCUAGUCUUACUUAGACUGUAAACCCAAGGGCAGAGCCUGCUUCCCUUUUCUUCUUCUUUUGCAUACAGUUUAUAAAUGCCUCUAGAAAACAUUUUGAGGAUUUAAUAUUAGCAAUAGUAGCUGUGUAUGAGCCAGAAAAUGCUCCUUUGCAAUCUCACCUCAACCACAAACUCACUAGGGGGCUAGAGGCAAGAUUAUAUUAUUUCAGCCCACUCCUCACCUGCAGUAUACAGAUAAUACUAGCCUACCUCCUCAGAUAGUUGUUGGGAUUACUGAGAUAAUGUACAUGAAAGGUUUUGAAUGCUUGACAUGUGCUGUGUAAAAUGCUUCACGCUGUUUAAUUCAUACAUGAAAAUGCUGCCUGUGUAGGGAAUGCAUAAUGUAUGAAGUGGCACUAAUCUGUGCAAGUUUUCCAUCUGCUCCCUUGGCUCUGCUGUGGGAGAUCGUUCUGCAGUUUACAGUUUAGCUACUCUUCAUCCAUUUUCUGCUCUAAGAUGUCUUAAAAACUGGUGCAUUCUAGAUGACCAGUUACCAAAUGGUAGCUUAGCACAGAGCCCAUGCAACACUGUAGUAAAACAGUUGUCUGUACUGCCCCGCCAAGCACUGGAACGCUAUAAUAACAGCAUCUGGCAUUUCCAGUUACAAAAGGAUCAGACAGUGGGUGAUGACAACAUACCUCUGAGAGCCACUGCCAGCUAUUAUUAUUAUUAUUAUUAUUAGAAUUUAUAUACCUCCCUAUAUCUGGAGGUCUCAGGGUGGUUCACAGAAUAAAAUCAAAAUACAAAACCACAAAAUACAUAAUAAAAAUAAAAACAACCCAAUAAUCCCCCCCCAAAACCCCAAAUUUUAAAAGGGCAAAGGCCUGGUUGGGAUAGACCAUUCUGGGCUAGAUCAGCUAAUGGUCUGACAGGAUAAGGCAGCUUCAUAUGCCCAUGUUCAUUUUUUCCAGGCUUCUGCACUCACUCAAAAAAUUGAAAGAUGACAGAAAAGCAGGAGGCUUCUCUUCGGUGCUUGCAGGGGCUUUUCAGGGGUGGCUCCUUGCAUGCGAGACUCCCUCCACGAUGAAGUGCAUCUGGCCUCAGUUCUUUGCCCGUUAGUUAAGACAUAACGUUUUUUCGCGGACCGUUUGGGGACUCAAUGAGACAAAUGAAUUAGUUGUUGCUGCUAUUAGUAAUUGUUGUUUAGUGAUUUUUUAUGAAUGGUGGUGGUUUGAAGGAUUGUGUUAUGGAUUUUAUGUACUAUUAUCUUAUUUGAUUUUAUUGUAAACUUCCCCCGCCCCCAUGGCUUGUGCAAAGGGUGGUAUGACUGGCUUCCCAAAUCAUUACAGGUACAGUGGUUAGGUAGUAUUCAGUGGUUGGUCAUCAUCUGGCUAAAUGUAAUCCAGUAUCAGAAAUUCCAUUUAAUCCCAAUUAGGUAAAAACAAAAGGUGUACCAUUUAAUCCCAGUAUUAAUGUUACCAGUUCUCUUGAAAAAAUGGUAGUGAGAGUCUGUAUGCUGCUUGUCCUAGUCCACAGAAACUAUACACUUCUUAUCUUGUUUAUCCUUUGCAAUCGAUCCUGUAAGGGGUAAACCUUCUGAACCAGAAAAGGUAACAUGGAGAGAUUUCCAUGAUAUAAUAAGGACUCGUUUGUGGUUCCUGCAUGAACUAUAGCAGCUAUUCUUCCUGUCCCUUCCCACCCCUAGUAAUGCUGUUCAUUUAUUCAUUUAGAAUGUUUUUUUGCAUUGUUCUUCAAGACUGCAGUCUUGCCAAGGUAGCUUAUAAAUAGAAAAUAGUAUAUAUAACAAAACUUUAAUUACAAGAGUUAAAAUGAAUCAUUCAUUGAGCCUCUGUCCUGAGUUCUUCACUUUUUUCUUGUUUGUUGGCAACAUAUAACGUCAUUAAGAACCAGCUCAUAUAAUGAUAUCCUAGUGGCCCCUUCCCAUGGCUUUUUAGCCAACCAUUAUUCAUAGACACCACCUAGUUCCCUCCCUUAUCUGGCACCUGCAGAGGACUCAAAGUUAGAGAUGAGAUCUGCUCAUUGUGUUGGAGGCUUGUAGGAUGUAGGGGAUUGGUAGAAUCUGUCCUGCUGCUUAAGAAGGACUCCUGUUUCUUAAUCUUCUCCGAACUGUAGCCAAAUAAGAGUAUGUGAUGAUCUGUGUUACCUGCUCACCAGAAAACCCAAAGCAUUUGCCUCUAGUAAGCAGAUUUGGGGACACCUAAGAGAUAAAUAGAUACCGCUCCGACGGGAAGGUAAACGGCAUUUCCAUGAGCUGCUCUGGUUCGCCAGAAGCAACUUAGUCAUGCUGGCCAUGUCUGUGGACAAACGCCAGCUCCCUCGGCCUAUAGAGCGAGAUGAGCGCGCAACCCCAGAGUCAUCCGCGACUGGACCUAACGGUCAGGGGUACCUUUACCUUUACAUGUAAGAGUCCCAGAUAUGUGAAGCUACUGUUGCUAGAUGUAGCCAACGAAAAGAGCAUUACAUGCUUUGUGUUCUAAAGUGGUUGAAAUACAACAUAAAAUACACUACUCUGGUUCAGUUUGCAUCCUUGAGCAUUCCCUCUUUUCUCUUUCAGGUGUUGGCAAGAGCAGUUUGCUGUUACGUUUUGCAGACAACACUUUUUCAGGUAAGCUGGGCCCAGAACAACUCCAGAGGAGCCUUCCAUCCAAGGAGCUCCAGAAUGCUUCUAUUCACACUCAAGGAGAAGAGAAGGGGCUUGAAGGCAGGGAAGCCAGUGGCAAGUCACCCUUGCUCAUCACCCUAGAUCCUGGGGAUAACAGGUCAUGUGGGGCAAGGAUGCACCCCUUCAUUUGCCCAUAUAUACUCACAGAACUAAUAAUAAUAAUAAAUAUCUCGACUUCUUAGCUGCUUGUUACUUGAAGGUCUCCAAGCGACUUGCAACACAUUUCAAACAUAUAUAUGUAAAAGUCCUGAAUGUCAUGAUUUAAAGUCUUUUAGGGAGAAGGUUUCUGUUCAAAAUAGUGCAUGAGCUCAACACAAUUUUCUUCUCCCUGUUACAUGCUCUUGGGUUUGCAGUCUUUAUUUCUGCAAAUAUAAAGUUUUAUUUUCAUUCUUCAGGGUUUGAAGCUUGAAUGUUUUCUGGUGAGAAAACAGGGCCCUCCCUUUCGUUGGCCGUUGAAGUUCUGUAUGUACAGCUGAGCUUAUUAGCUUGACUGCUUCUUGUUUGUGCUGCUUCCCUCAACAGGCAGCUACAUCACCACAAUUGGAGUAGACUUCAAAAUCCGAACAGUUGAGAUUAAUGGAGAAAAGGUCAAGCUGCAGAUCUGGGAUACUGCUGGACAGGAGCGCUUCCGGACCAUCACGUCUACGUGAGUUUAUUUUAGUAGGAUUGUCAGUUGACCCAAGGACUUGAUUUCAUCCUGACUUUUAAUAAUUAGUUGCUUAAAUAAGUUUGCAUAUUAUUAGCUAAGGUGCCUUUCCACAAUACCAGAGGAAGUAUAUGAGAACUUGCCGCCUAAUAAACACACGGUACUAUAACAACAAUAACGGUAAUAUUUAUUUUUAUUGCUGCUACUACCUAGCUUUUCUGCCAAGAUUGUCUUCCAAAGCAUUUGACAGUUAAGAUCCACAGAAAGGUAUAUUAUAAGGGUAUGAGGAUUCUGUGAUUCUACUCCAGAGGUGGCUAACCUGUGGCCUAUGAGAUGUUGCUGUGCUGUGUGGUGGUUAGACCAAGGUUAGCCAAUGUGAUGCCCUCCAGAUUCUUUGGACUCCAACUCCCAUCAUCCUUGACCAUUGGUCCUGCUGGGUGGGGCUGAUGGGAGUUUGGAACUCAACAUCAUCUAGAGCAGUGUUUCUCAACCUGUGGGUCCCCAGAUGUUGUUGGACUACAACUCCCAUAAUUCCUAGACAGCAUGACCAGUGGUCAGAGAUGAUGGGAGUUGUAGUGCAACAACAUCUGGGGACCCACAUGUUGAGAACCGAUGAUCUAGAAGGUUGCCAGUUCCUUACCCCUCCCUACAUGAUCUAAUGUUAAGAGUAUAGGCUGGAAUCGCAGCUUGGUAGGAGGGUUGUCUUUCUGUUGGUCCCAGUUCCUUUUUGCACUGGUAGGAAAAUGAGAAAAAAAUCUUGUUCUGUUCUUGAGGAUGUCAUCAUAGCAUUCUGGCAGGACUUGCUCACAAAAAUAAACGUGUGGCUAGCUGCAAAUAGGCAUAUGCUUGAGAAGAAGAAGUGCCCUACAGAAGUAAUUUGGAUGACUUGAGUCCAGAUUCUGUGGGUAUUUUGAAUGGGGAUUAUUUGCCUGCCAGCUUUUAGUCUUUAAAAUCCUGUUGUCUCAAGUGGGUUGUUUACUAUAGAGCAAGGAAGGGUGUACUGCCACCUCAUGACUUGAACCAGUUCAGUAGUCCUACCCUCCCCCCCCAAGGAAUCCUGGGAAGUGUGUAAGGCAGAUAAGGAUCACUGACAGAAAAUCCCCAGCACCUUUUGCAAACUACAGUUCCCAGGAUUCUUUGAGGUAAACCAUGGCAGUUAGUGGCAUUAAACCAAUAUAAGUUUGCAGUGUUGAUAAGCCUUUAAUGCGUAGUGUGUAUACAAGAUGGUGGCUUUUCUUCAACCAAUGGGUGCUUUAAAAAAUAUUGGCUGAAGGGCUUUGCACUGCCCAGAACACAGGAGACAUGCUUGUUCACAGAACAGGAGCAAAUCAGGGCAGGAAAUCAGCUUUGCUUUAUUAGGCUGAUUCCAUGUCUGCUGUUUUUUCAGGGCAGAGGAAGAGGUUAAUGUUGUCAUGUUACUUAGAUCAUAAAAUGAGAUUUGCAGAUGAAAUUCAUGUUACAUAAAGCGUAUCUGCAGGGGAAAUCAAUUAUUGUUCAAAUACAAAUAUUUUGGAAAUGAGACAAAUGCAUGUCUUAACUAGACGUUAUACCUUGAGGUGCAGUGGGGGUCUCCCCAAUUUAUAUGAAAGCCUGUUUGGAAACUGCUGUCUUGCAUUUCUUUAUUGCUGCAGGAAGUAGUAUGAGCAGCAAGCUUUGAGCAUGCUGCUUGAACUGGCCCCCGACUUCCUUCAAGUCCUGAGGCAUAUCCUCUGAGGGUUGUGCUGCGUGGGCCAGAUUCAUACAGGAAAAUGUGUUGGGGGUAAAACAGCCAGGCACUGCAGAAUAUCUGGUAAAUGGGCAGUGUGGGUCAGCUGCAACAUGUCUCACUGGUGCUGUGUCAGCAGAGCUCUUCCUGUGUGUGAUUGUGUGAGUGUGCAUGUGUGUGUGCGCGCACGCGCAAACACACCACAUUGUGACUUGGACUUAGGGCUCUUUUGGAAUUGAACCAGUACCCUGUGUGGAAUACCCAGAAGAAGAUGUCGGGUGCAAACAUGAAAAGUUGCUGAAUGCCUUUGCCCCUAAUCCACUUGGUAAAUAAAGGGCGACGCCCAGGACUGGGUGUGUGCACUCAAGUUCCCCAGAAUUGCACAGGGAAGCCAUCCAGUGUGGUAUUCAGUUCCCUCAGAAUCUCAGCUUUUUGCGUAAAGACCGGGUUGAGCAAGGGGAAAUCUCAGAAGCCAGAGGAAAUGCUGAACAAGACAUUGCAGGAUCAGAGGGUGGGGCUUCAGGGCUCUGUGCGUCACUUGGCCCCUCCCAGUGACAUGCAAGCUCAGCCAAAAUAAUGCACAUGAGCAGAGUUCAGGUUGCAGCAUUUAGUUGGUAUUGUUCCAGGAUUUGUGUGCACUCAUGUAUCUGUGUGUUGCACCCUGAAGAGGGACUGAAGGUUUGUGCGGUACAUUUGCUGAUUUACAAUUGUCUAGUUCUGUGUUUUGUUAUUCUAUUUGCUACAACAAAGAAACAUAGUUGUCUGGUCCAGUUGAUGUUCUUAAGGCUGUAUCUGGUAAAUUCUACUGAAAUGGAACCAAGGGAGUGUGCAGGGUGACUUCAGGUGACCAGUCCAGAUGCUGUUUAAUGCACAAUAAGCUUAUUAACAUGUAAAAGCCGACUUCUAUUCCUACCCUUGUCCCCCAUUGUGCCACUUGCUUGGUGGUAAGGCUGCCUACAAGUUGCUCUUGCUUAUACUACACCUUCUAAUGUUCAUGGCAGCAAAUAAACAGGUCCCUGCCCAAAGGUGCUUACAAACCAUCUUUUAGCACAUCAGGUUGACUUACACACCAGUUGAGACUAUUAGUUUAUCUGGUAGUGGAUUGUCUUCCUCCAGGGUGGGGAACCUUUGACCCUGCGAAUGUUGUUGGGUUGCAGUUCCUGUCAGCCCUGACUAUUGGCCAUGCUGGCUGGGGCUCAUAGGAUAUGUGGUUCAGCAUUAUCUGGAGGGCUAAAGGUUUCCCCAUCCUGGUCUAUACUGACUGACAGGCAGAGAAUUUUUUCCCACCUGGACAUGUUGGGGUUUGCAACUGGGACCUUCUGCGUGCCAAGCCUUAAUGUUGAACUGUGGUCCCUUCCCCACAAAAUAGCAGCUGUGAAUGCCACAAUCAUUCCACCAAAAAAGCUGUCCAUCAAAUCUUUCCAUGGGCCUUGCAUGUCUCAGUGCUGUUGGAUUCCUAUCAUGCUCGGAAACUUCCUACCCAAGUAUGGCUUGCUGGCUGGUAACAUUACUGGUUCAGCCAACAUCGUUCCUUCUGUAACAUCUUCCUCUUGUGUUCAUCUCUCUUUCCUGAAUUUCUAAUCCAUUUCAAGCUCAUGGUGACAGCAGUUGUCCAUGGCUCACAGAGUCUUCUCCAUGGUAAUCUGAGAUUCUGAACCAUCUCUGCCAACACUGCAUCCCACAGAAUCUUGCUUCCACUUCCUGCAUCAUGUGCUUCCCCCACAGUGCUGAAGCCCAGGCAGCCUAUCAUUGUCUGUUUGUGUGGUUCCCCUCUCCCCACUUCAAAAGCUCCAGUUUUUGCCCUUCUGUUUCUAUCACAGUUUCUAUUUGCCCAGUCCAAGCAGUGAAGGGCAGCCCCAAGACCUUCACAGCCAUAUUGCUUGCUUCAGGUAUACUGGUGUUUCUCUCCCCUCGCCACUCCCCUGAUAAGCAAGCAUGUGAAGCAUCUCAAAGUGUCACAGACACAUGCCUUAACACACCUCUUUCUCUCCUCAGGUACUACAGAGGGACACAUGGGGUUAUUGUGGUUUAUGAUGUUACGAGCGCUGAGUCCUUCGUGAACGUCAAGCGGUGGUUGCAUGAAAUAAACCAGAAUUGCGACGAUGUGUGCCGGAUAUUAGGUAAGCUGCCUGGUUUGAGCAGCCUUUGAGUCAUGUUACUGUGGCCAGCUGAUGGCUGAUUCAUAGGACUGCACUUUCCCAUGGUAGCUAAAGAAUCCUAGUGGCAGAUUGAGCUGUGAACCAGCUUAAAUUUCUCAGUUUAAGUCCCAGUUGAUGUCUCACCUCAGCCAUGAGCUUUUCAGGUGGUCUUAUGCAAGCAAGAUUCUGACUCUCGGCCUCUGUCUAUCCCCCACCCCAACCUACAACGUGGGCAUCAUCACAUGGCUCUACCUCAUAAGGCUGUUGUCCAAAUUACUGAGAAUGUGAAGGGUUUGAUCACCUUGAAGAGCUGUAUAAAUGCUAAAUAUGACUUCUUGGUACUUGCAGUUGGUAAUAAGAACGAUGACCCAGAACGGAAAGUGGUGGAGACGGAAGACGCCUAUAAAUUUGCUGGGCAGAUGGGGAUCCAACUGUUUGAGACCAGCGCCAAAGAGAACAUUAAUGUGGAAGAAGUAAGUGAUAACCAAGGAAAAGAUGGGGGGGGGCCUUACAUUUAAUCCCACAGGGGACAUGUUGCUUCUGAUGAGCACGUUGCUGAUCCCUUGACUGUUCUAGGCUACAUACCAAGGAAGGCGUUGACAUGGUUGUGAAGAAACCAUCCCUUUCUCUGCAGAGUGCCUGAUAUGUAGGAAGUAGAAAGCAAUAGACUUGCUUCUGGAGGCUGGUGAAGAGAGUCCUUUGGCAUAACCAGCGGGGCCGAUGGUCAGGGGGAUGGGAGUUGCAGCCCUACAGCAUGUGAAAGGCCACAUAUUUGCUUUCCUUACCUUGGGGGCUGAUGGGAGUUGUGGUUCAAAAGUUACCACUUAUUCUGGUCCCCUCCCCAUUUAGUAUCCUUAAGGCUUUUAUCCAGAACCACGUCACUUGCCCCUCGCAGCUCUUUUAAAGCAGGGAUAGGGAACCCGUGGCCUUCCAGUGGUGUUGGACUACACCUCCCCUUGUCUCCCUUGACCAUUGGCCUGGUGCUGGGGCUGAUGGGAAUCUGCCAACAUCUGGAGCUUCUGCAUCCCUGUUCUUAAAGCUUGUUCAAUAGCACCCCUCAGUUUGUGUUAAGCAGGGACAACAUUGUUCAGCUGCCAUUCUGAACAAGAGGGGCAAGAGCGGUGAGGAGCUCGGGACGGAACAUGUGAUCCCAUUAUCCAAGCUCUUAACUCUAGUUAGUGGCCAGCUAACAUAAUGUCUUCAGUGCCCCUGAUUCUAGAACUGGCCACUUCUGGUGUAGCCAGAGACUGCUGCUGGUCUGCUUUCCGGCGUGUUGCUUAUUGUUGUUCAGAGUUCUCCACUCUCAUCUUGCAUUUUUCUUUUUCAGAUGUUCAACUGCAUCACAGAGUUGGUUCUGCGAGCCAAAAAAGACAACCUAGCAAAGCAGCAGCAGCAGCAACAGAACGAUGUGGUGAAGCUAACAAAGAACAGUAAACGGAAGAAGGCCCGGUGUUGCUAAUGCCCUUUUCUUUUGCGGCAGAGACUGCACCCUCAGACAGCUCAGCCCUUCCAGCCAGAUGCAGGCGGCGAUUCCACUGGGCUAGGCCACGGGAGGACUCUUCCCUGCCCCCCGCACACCCCUCAGUUUGUGCCGUUAUUUAAAUGAGUUCUCUCCACGUUUUUUUUCGGUCAGGAGGCACCUUACCACAAUAGUGCCAAGGAGGUAUUGGAUGGAGGUGAUUCUGCCCCCUCUUUCCUACCUUAUUCCCCCCUCCCCAAGAACAUCUUGUAGACAAAAAUGACUUUGCCUACCAAGUGGACUUUUGAUCUCAAGAGUUUUGUACAUAAUGUAUAUUGUGCUUUAACCAGCUGCGCCUCCCUCGUUGUCGCUUCUGCCUUCUUAAUUAUCGACCAAUCAUGACUUCUUCAGAGUUCACCAUUUUUUCUCUCCCUCCAAAAAGUACAGUACAAUGUCCUUAAGUGAAGCUGCCCCUUGUUGGCAUUCAUUCCUCUUCAGCCUUUGUUAACCUUCAGGCUAGGAUGGAGGCCUUAGCUACUUUUUCAGGCUGUGUGGGCAACCUUCUGAGAUUCCUUUUCCCCCAGACUCCAGAAUAGCCAAUGUUGCUGGAGCUUUGUCACUUCUUGGAAUAGCUGUGCUCUCUUUCUUCUCCACACUCCCUGGCAGGGGGUGAGAGAGGCUUCCCCCACCCCCAUCCCAAUUUAACUUCUCUGGCCAGUUAAAAUGAAAUCUUUGGCAAUUAGAUGUGAGACUUAAAACUAGUAUUAUCCCCACCCCGGUGGAAUCUCUCUCCCAUAACAUCCUUAAGAGCUACCAAAGUGUAAAUCUGUCAAAAACUAUUCCCCACACCUGCCCUCAUCAUUCUGCACACAGUUACACGAUGUGCAUUUUUCAAAAGUGCAUUUCUGGCUGCCAACAUUCUCUGUGGCUCUUGCUUUGUUCCCUUCUCCCACAAAUUAAGAGCUGAAGGGGUAUCUGGCUCUUCCAAAUGGUGCUUGCACCCAACAGGUGUCAACAGGCUAUUUUCUGUGUCCUUUAUCAGACCAGAGGUGGUCUCUUAGGUAUUGGAUGGGGCUUCUUGCUGUGGUUUGUGCAGUUUUGACUGGAUUUCUGAUCUGGUUAUGCUGAAAGUAAAAGGAUUCCCCCCCCCCCCGUUCUUUUUUUAAUGGGCUUUAGGAGGGAAAUAACCAGAGGCUUACCUCCUCAUUGUUUAAAAAUGAGCUCACCUAGCAUAUUAAGAUGGCUCAGGCUAUAGGAGAGCACAUGUUUUUCUACCAAAAUGAUUCCUUCCUCCCCCUGAAUAUGAAAUUGAUAGGAUGCUCUCCAGCGUCACUGACCCUUUGGACAUUGAAUUAUGCAAGAAGGGCUAAGUUGAAAACCCUUAUUAUUUUGCUUGCCUUGAAUAACAAAAAUCAACAAUUAUGGUUGUACAAAGCCCUCGUGCAAUCGCAUUGCAAGUAGUCUGACUCUGCAGGCUUUUCCCACGCAAGCGGCGAAUGUGACAGGUUUCGGCCGGUGAAAUUGUUCUCAAAGACAACAUCCAUCCCAGCUGCCCAUCUUCCACAGCUGUCUGCUCUGUGCGUCUCUUGUAAGUUAACUUCUCACUAAUUCCAGAAUUGAGAAUGUGAGCUGAGCAAACCAAUUGGGAAGGAAUGGCUAGCGUUAAGAGGCCCGUAGAAAAUGGUGGAACGUGCUGGUGUCUUGGUUUGGAACUCACGGGCUGAAGCAACGGUGGAUCCUCAUUGUGUGACAGGGAGGGGGGAUGGCUCUCAUAUUGCAGUGGUCUUUUGUGAAAGGGGGGGGCGUGGGUGUGAGCUUUGCCAAUGCAACAGUCCCGGUUUCCGAUGUUGAAGCAUGGGAUGCUUUUCCCAAGGAUGCCGUUAGCAGCACCUCUCCCGGUUCUUGUCUUUGCUCAGUGCUGCUGCAUAAGCUCCAGUCGUUAAAGGAGGCUUCACGGUGGUAGAUUUACUUGGUGGACAGUGCUAGUGGGUGGUGCCUGUGGAGUAUUAAAUGGGGUGGGGGUGGGGAGAGCUGCGUUUUUAGCGGUGCUGAUGUCAAGCGGUGGAAUGUCUAACUGGUUUGCUAGGACUAUUUCUGUAUAUUGAAACUUUCUAAUUAUGCUUUUUAAAUAAUUUUAAAAAACUAAAAAUAAAGGUGCCAAGCUGCCAAAUCUUC